AUGAACGUCUCUGUCCUCAGCAUUCCCCAGGCCGGUCCCAACAACAUCGGGGAAUUCACCUGUGGGUACGAGGAGAAUGUGAGCGGGAGGUGGAUCCCGUCCCCCAGGAGCUGGGCUGUGAACGUCACUGUGAAUGUCACCAGGACUGGACUCAUCUCUUCCCCCUUCUCCUCAUUCAAUCAUGGUCUCUCCCACUCCACUGACCCCUCUGCCUCUGUUCUAGAUCACCUGUCGGCCCCCACACUCUCUCUGGACACCAGGUACACAGUGUAUCUCCCAGGGGAGCGGGUUACCCUCACGUGCUCGGCUCCUAGGGGUGAGCUGGUUUCGGGAUAUAGAUUCUCCUAUCAAAAAGGGCAGCAGGACCCCAGUGCAGUCCAACACCCGAAUGAAGGUACCCGGCUGGAGCUCACAGCUGAGAAGGGAAAUGCUGGGACAUACACCUGUGCGUACUGGAGAUGGGAAUCCAAUCAAGAGAUCUCAUCUGGGAACAGCAACUCCGUCUCCAUCACAGUGACAGACACCCCAGAAGCCCCCACCCUCUCCCUGAGCCCCCCGCACCAGCUGUACCUCACCGGGGAGUCUGUUCGGCUCACGUGUUCACCUCCCCGUGGAGAUGAGGCAGUUACAAGAUUUCAGGUCUACAAGUACAGGGGAAAGAACAUCUCACCUGAUGUCUUAUCCAACUCCAGGGCCACAAACUUUAAAUUGAAGCCAGGGGACUCCGGGUCGUACACCUGCCUGUACUGGAUACGCGUAUCUGGAAGGGAGAUCCCAUCUGUGCAGAGUGCCCCGGUCUCCAUCUCUGUGAGAGGUGAGUGCUGUGCUUUCUCCAGCUUCCCUUGGUGCCUUUGCUUUACGGAGACUCCCCAGAUUUCCUGUGGGCAACCCAGAACCUGCAGUUAA